CUCAAGAUUCCGGGACACAGGCAGGCAGGAGGUGAGCCACCUAUUUAAGUCACCCUCGCAGCUGCUUUGACCGCAGAGUCAUAUAAUUGUUUGAUAAAGACACUCAUAUGAUCCUGAUUUUGUGACUAUACUUCAAAGGAUUUCAUACAGAGAAUCACUUACAAUGGAUUUCUACAAUAAGCAUAUGUCCAAAAUCUCUACAUUUUUCAUCCUCUUUUCACUGCUGAAUCAGUGGACAGGAGUUGAAGGCUGGUCGUACUAUUACUCAAACACUACCAUGAACUGGAGAACAGCCCGUGAAUGGUGUAGGGAACGCUACACAGACAUGGUUGCCAUUCAAAACCAUGGUGAGAUUCAACACCUUAACAACGUGCUCCCCAGGGUGGACGGAUACUACUGGAUCGGUAUUCGUAAAAUCAAAAAUAUCUGGACCUGGGUAGGAACCAAGAAGCAUCUGACAGCAGAGGCUGAAAACUGGGCCCAAAAGGAGCCUAAUAACGGACGCAACAAUGAGGACUGUGUGGAAAUUUACAUCAAGAGAGACGAGGAUGCGGGCAAGUGGAAUGAUGAGUCCUGCGAAAAGAAGAAGACUGCGCUAUGCUACAGUGCAUCCUGUAAGAAAGACUCCUGUAGUUACGGGGAAUGUGUUGAGACAAUCAACAGCCACAGGUGUAACUGUUUUGAAGGCUUUUAUGGAGUCAAGUGUGAACAUGUUGUCAAAUGUGAAGCAAAGGAAAUCUCUGAUCCUAAGCAUGGCAGUGUCCAGUGCCGCCACCCCAACGGAGAUUUCUCAUACAAAUCCGAAUGCACGUAUUCCUGUGAUGAGGGCUACCAGUUAGUUGGAGCAAAAAUGGCACAGUGUGGAAGUACUCGAGUAUGGUCCAACAAACCUCCAACCUGUGAAUUAAUCCAGUGCAUUGGGCUGAAUAUGACAUUUCAUGGAACUAUAAAGUGCAGUCAUCCACUACAAAACUUCAGCUAUCAGUCCUCCUGUGAGUUCAGCUGUGAAGAAGGGUAUACUCUAACAGGUUCCAGCUCCAGCAGGCUGAUGUGUAAUGAAUCUGGGCAAUGGAAUGACUCACAGCCCAGCUGUGAAGCUGUCCGCUGUCCAAUUCUUGAGGAGCCAGUGGAUGGGAAAAUGAGCUGCAGUGGUGACAGUUAUGGAAGCAAGUGCACAUUCAGCUGUAAUGUUGGGUUCCAGCUUUUGGGUGUGUCAGAGCUCACAUGCACCAAAACUGCUCAGUGGAGUCAGAAAAUACCAUCCUGUAAAGCUGUUCAGUGCCCUGCUCUCCAGACUCCACAGGAUGGCAGUGUAUCCUGUACAGACCAGGUUCUCAGUCUAGGCUCUAUAUGCAGCUUUACUUGUAAUGAGGGCUUUAUCCUGGAGGGUGCAUCAAGUGCAGAGUGUACAGAGACAGGAGAAUGGAGCACAUCUGUCCCCAGCUGCACAGCUGUCCGCUGUCCAAUUCUUGAGGAGCCAGUGGAUGGGGAAAUGAGCUGCAGCGGUGACAGUUAUGGAAGCAGGUGCACAUUCAGCUGUAAUGUUGGGUUCCAGCUUUUGGGUGUGUCAGAGCUCACAUGCACCAAAACUGCUCAGUGGAGUCAGAAAAUACCAUCCUGUAAAGCUGUUCAGUGCCCUGCUCUCCAGACUCCACAGGAUGGCAGUGUAUCCUGUACAGACCAGGUUCUCAGUCUAGGCUCUAUAUGCAGCUUUACUUGUAAUGAGGGCUUUAUCCUGGAGGGUGCAUCAAGUGCAGAGUGUACAGAGACAGGAGAAUGGAGCACAUCUGUCCCCAGCUGCACAGCGGUGAGAUGCCCUUAUCUCCAAGAGCCAAUUAAUGGCCUCAUUAACUGUUCUUCAGAGGAGGCCAUCUUCAGCACUUCCUGUUCCUUCAGCUGUCUCAAAGGCUAUCAGCUUCAUGGUCACAAGAUGGUGAUAUGCAGCCUUAAUGGCAACUGGACUGGAGAGGUGCCUGAGUGCCAAGCUGCUCCCUUGAACCCAUCUUUGGUGUCUGGCCUGAUCAUGGGAGUAGGAAGCACUACUGCAUUUUCCAGCCUUGCAUUUGCUUUCUGGAUACUGAAGCGACUCGGAAAGUUAAAAGCAAAAAAGUUUGACCUCAGUAACUCAGACAUUGAUGUGCCACUCGAAGUAUACAAAAGUAGCACUGACAGUCUCAUCUAAACAUAAAUCUACAUGCUAUAGCUCGGUCUCUAUCGAUACUGCAGUGUGAACUCAGCAAUUUCCACCGUGAAUGGAAUGGACUCCUAGUUGAAUUCAGUUUUACUUAUAUAAUGGUUUUAACAAUAGACAUUGUCACAGAGCAGCUGGACAUAAUUCUGAUUAUGGAUUUAGAUCCCUAAUGAGCAAGCCAGAGGUGACGGUGUACUGACAACAUGAGGAAGAACCCUUGGGAAAAUGGGAAUCCAUCUUCAUCUGUGUGACAUCAGAAAGUGUGAUUAUAAAUCAUUACUCUUGCGACUGUGUACUAUACAAACAGUGCUAAGCGUGUUGAAAGAAUCUUCAGUACAAACAUCAGAGUAAUUUAGCUUUAAGUCUACAGUACCCAAGUGAGGUUAUCCACUGAAUAAUGAAUAAGAUUUGAACGCAGACUGUUUUUAGUAAGUACAGUUUUUAGGCUGUCCAAGUGACACCAUCUACAGCCAUCUUUAGGGUAUUUGCGUGGUACCAUCCAAAGCAACCUCACAACAAUCUUUAGCCAAGCCAUGUGGGGCCAUCUUCAGCAGCAGCAAGUGAUUCUGAGGUGAAGGAGCUUCAAGCAGAAGUAGUGAGAGUGAGAGAGAAUGCAGAUUAUUAGGUAGACUCUUGUCUUAAGUAGUUGAAGAGGAUCUUCAUUGUGUACUGAGCGUAAGCAGGGAUCAGCUAUGAUAUCAUGACUAAAAGGGAGAGCCAGUUAAAUGAAACUGAGGUUGAUCCCCAGUCCUCUGUAGAACAAGUAAAUGAAUGGACAUUACUGGACAUUACUAAUUAUUUAAUAUAUUGUCUGCUUUCUAGUGGAAGUAUUUAUUAUGUAAUUUAUUGAGCAUAUUGUUCAAUAUUGUUUGUGCUAUUUAUGAAUUAUAUAACAAGAUAUAACAAGAGCUAUAUGUUUUAAUGUACUGUAUAUUCAUCAUGUAAUUGUUUUGUUAUAUCUGUGAAUAUAUUUUCAGUGGUUAUUUUAUUUAUUGUAGCUGAUUUCCUUAAAGAGCCAAGG